AUGCGCGGUCUUACCACGACUACCCUCGGCGGGCUGAUCAGUCUGGCCUCUUCUCAGCUGAUUGACCUCGAUUAUGUUGAGUCCGUUCCCGACCCAACCUACACCAUUAUUCCUAAUCAGAGGGCACAAGUUGUCACAUACAAUCAGGACCCUGCAAUUGCUUCAGAUGUUGCUGAGGCCUUGCACUUCCUUGCAGAUGGGAAUCUGGCCAGUCAAGCCUUGAACGCUCGUACACCUGAUGGAUAUACUAGGACGUACCAGAACCUGAAAUCAUGUGUUCAGGCCAACGGAUACAUGGGAUAUACAAUCAUGUCUAGCUACAAUGUUCAGGAAUAUGCCGAUAGAUGCUCUCGCACUAUUGGCUGCCAAGGCUUCAACACCUACUUUGAACGCAGUCCAAACAAGGUUCCUGGUCCUGCUUACUUCAAUCCAGAGGGUGCGGCCAAUCCCUUUUGUGUUCUCUGGGGAGGUCCCAUCACCCCCGAAAAUGCUUGCAACGAGGGUCAAUGGCGUGAGCAAUAUCAUGUGGUAAUCACCGCAUCUAACGGAUACGUGUUGACUUCGUCGCUCAACCCGCUCUCAAACAAGGCCAUCAAUGCCCCCAUCGACUGCAAUAACGACGACUCUUACAUGGGCAUGAGGCUGGUGAACGACAACGCUCCCUUCGAUCCCCAGCGUUGUGAGGCCAUUUGCGAGGCUACCUCGCAAUACAACAUCGACCACCUCGGAGAUGACCCCUCCAAGCCUCCUAGGCUUUGCAAAUUCUAUAUCACUUAUAUCCUCAACAGAAACUCCUAUUCCCAAGCCUACGCAGUCAACAAUGGCCAAUGGCGUGGCGAUGACCACUACACAAUCUCCUCCAGCGUAUUUUUUCACAAUGCCACUGAUGUCACUACCCCGGUCUGUCCAGCCCAUAUUGAUAGGCUUUCGAGCACUAUUACAAGCUACACUAGCACCACCACCAUUGAGGCCUGCGGCGCUUCCACUGCUCCUGCCAAGCUUGAUGGGGAAUCAGGUGCUAUUCUCGAAGCUGUCGUCGCCGUCUACCCUGAAAAGGUAGAUAAUGCUACGGUCACUGGAAGCGCACCUGCUAUGGUAACCAUCCCAGCCGAGCAAUUGGAUGCACCUGGCGUAUACGCCUCAGCCUCUUCUGCAGCGAUUGCUCAGCUUACAGGAUCAGAUUCCGACUCCACAACUCCGGUAUCCCCUACAUGUUCUUCCGCUGUGAUCUCUAGCGCUUGCUCUCGUAUAAUCAGCACAGUCACACCAACUGUCACAGUGCGGGCACAAGCUACCGAGACGACCUACAACAACUGUGCCCAAUACCCCACUACCUGCCAAAAUGGUUCACUACCUCGUAUAAUUGCUGGAUCUUUCAGCAGCUCUUCUCAAAGCAUCGACGACGGUUACUUCACUGUUGACCUCCCAUUUCAGAUUUGUAUCUAUGGGACGUUUAGUACAAGGGUCAACCCUAGUAGUAACGGCCUCAUCACGCUCGGAGACUAUGGCGUAGCAGACUUCUUCAACUAUAAUAUCCCCAAUUAUAUGAGCGGGGCAGUGCUUAUGGCCAUCUGGGAUGAUCUCUUCAUUGCUAGGGGCAAGCAACACUGCAUGGACUAUAGCCUCUGCGGAGAUGCAGGCCAUUGCACUGUGACGUUCGAUUGGAGAGUUACUUACUGUUGCGAUUCCACAGGCAACGCUAUAUACAUAUUCUCUGCGACAUUUUUCGAGAACCAUCCUGGUCGCGUGCGAUUGAAUUACUUUGGUACACCGGACCAGGGCUUCACUAGUGGACGACAAACCUUUUACAAGUAUUCAUACGACCAACCUUCAGUCAAUAGUGGCCUCAAACUAAUUUUUGAUCCUGCUGCCAACUAUUUCGGCGAGGCUCGAACUAGUCCUUAG